AUGUGGCAAAGGAAUUUGAUGUGCCCCCAAUACCCUGUCUGGUUGCUUAAAAAAACAUGGACACAAUCAAGGCCGACUUUGAGGGGGUCAGUGCAGAAAAAAACGGGGGUUAAGCAUGCACCCUUAGAUGAGCAGCUUCACAGGUGGUUCUUGGACAAAAGGGCUAAAAAUCUACCAAUCACUGGGCCCAUUCUACAACAAAAAGCACAUGAGAUAGCUGAUAGGAUGGGGAUCACAGGCAUGUCAUUCAGUGCAGGGUGGCUCACAUCUUGGAAGGCAAGAUAUAACAUCUCAUCCAAAGUCAUCAGUGGGGCAGCAGCAGCAGUGGACCUGGGGGUGGUUGACAACUGGCAGACAACAACAUUGCCUGAAAAUUUGAAGCAGUAUCCCCCCUCCCACAUCUACAAUUGUGAUGAAAGUGCCCUGUUCUACAGGCUGCUGCCCAACAAGUCCUUGGUCAUGAAGGAGGACACCUGUCAUGGGGGUAAGAGACCCAAGGCCUGCACCAAUAUGGAUGGUUCAGAUAAGGCCUGGAUGACCUCCAACCUCUUCACUCAGUGGUCCAAGAAAUUGGACAGGAGGUUCAAGAGGGAGGACAAGGUGGCCCUCGUCCUAGACAACUGUCCAGCCCACCCAGGUCAAGUUCCAGGCCUCACCAACAUCACCCUGUUCUUCCUUCCACCCAACACCAUCAGCAAAACCCAACCACUUGACCUUGGCAUCAUCCAAAAUCUAAAGAUGUACUACAGAGAGGAGUUGUUGCUGAGAGUGAUCAAGGCAAUGGACUCUGCUGAUACCACCACCCCACUCCCAAACAUCAAUGAUGACCCCAAGGAUGACAUUCCCCUAUCUCAGAUGGCAGUGGAUGAGGAUGACAUUCCACUUGCCAGCUUAUUCAAGCAAGCCAGCCAGUACAUGGAAGUAGAAGGCACACUGGAUGACUACCUCAGUGCUGGCCAGGACCUGACAGCGGUGACUGCGGAAACUGAGGACAUCUUUGAAAAUGUGAUGUCCAAGCACAUUGGACCUCGGGACAUCCAGGAGGACGAGGAGGACCUGGACAUCACCCUCCAACCCCAGCCACCAAGUUGUGAAACCAUCUUUUCACAUCUUGAGGACAUCCAGCUGUUCCUGGAAACCUAUCCAGACAUACCUGAUGAGUUCCAACACAUCCAGAGAAUAGCCAGAAGAACAAGAGUCAAGUCCAUGAACAAUAAGAAACAGAAAAGAAUAGCUGACUUUUUCACACACAAGUGA